AUGGCGUCUACACAGGCACCCCCACCGUCUUCUGCCAACCCGCGAAAGCGCGGACCACCCGGGCUCCCAGUCGGCUCCGGCAACGAGCGCAAACGUGCAAAGUUCCAAGAUGCCCGCACCAUUGCAGUCCAGAGCUCCAACCCGGCCCUCAGGUCUGGGGAACUCGACGUCAAUGCCUUCAUCCAGUCCCGCGAAUUUGAGAUUGCGGCCCUCCAGGAGGCCAUGAAGAACUCGAAGCGUGCAAGCAACAAACGGGCCUUCCAAUUGGUACCCAGGGACAUGAGACGACGCACGGCAAGUCACAAUGUCAAGAGGGUGCCCAAGAGACUGCGAAAGAGGGCGGCGCACGAAAUGCAUGAAGACAACACCCCUACGGUGACUGCCCGCCGACGAAAGUCUGCAGGUUUCAUGCGUCUGCGCCUUGAGACAGCCAAAAAGCUCAAGAAUAUGUCUACCAAGCGAGAACUCAACGCCGAGAUCCUCUCGAAAACUCCCUUGUCACGUAGCACGAUCAAUGAGCUACGAAGACCACCACGGCCGGCAAAUAAGUUCAGGAAAAGGCAGAGGGAGAAGACGUGGUUGCCGACGCACUUGUGGCAUGCAAAGAGAGCAAAGAUGGGGGUAAGGUGGAGAUUCGCCGUAGUGGAAACACCAACUGAGAAGUGUUAUCGCCCAACGCAUAGAGCAAGCCAGACGAAGGGUGCCGUGGCAUGGGACCAAAGCUACUUUUCGACAGUCAUGCUGAGAGGGAGUGAAGAAAAUUGCAAAGAGGUGAUUGGAAAGAGGACAUGCGAGGCAUGGAUUUACAAGGCAGGGGAGUAUCCUACAGGGCCAAUUGCACCAGUUACCAUGAUCUGGUGUGUGCCUAAAGACGUCAAUGAGCACAGGAAAAUAUUUAUCAGGGUCCACCCAUCAGCCUUCCUUGAGCUAUGGGACACCCUCCUUCCACUCUGCAAAGAUCACAAAACAUUCAUUGAAGACCUGCGAUUCGAAAUCGGCAGUAUCGAAAUCACUGGGCCGUCUGCCACUGCUGCACUCCUCUCCAUUCUCAAACCUACUACCCCCGGCUCACCGGAUUCUCCAGAAGGCAUAUGGCCCCAACUACAUGGGCUUACCAACCCUUCUUUUCUUCCCCUGGGCUCCCUGCUCGCCUUCACAAUCAGUGACCCACGCCUACGUCUCCCUCCACGUCCCUUCAUCCCCCCACCCUCCACAACACCCGAAGAAGAUCUUCUUAACCUCUCUCGUACCUGGCCGCCCGACAGCACACUCCCACCAUCGCCUCUUUUCCUCCGCGAAGCACGCGCAACCGCUGUCCGCUUACAGUCAUCGCAGCGCAAGAUAGGCCGCCGAAAGGCAGCCGCACCACCAGGUGAAUAUAUCCCCGCACUACCCACAGACCCAGAGAUCCCACUUCUCUUAUUUGCAUCGCACCGUCAGAUGCCUGUUCGUGGGGUAUCACAAGCAAUAGGGUCGUGGACCCUGAUGCUACCAUGGAAGUGGGUCAUGCCAGUGUGGUAUGGGCUCAUGAAUACCUCGAGUGAUAUCAGAUUUGGGGGCAUAGACGAGUUGAGGCAGGUUUUCUUCGAGAGGGGCGAAGGGUGCUUCCCCGACGAUUUUCCAGGCACGGCAGCAGGGGCAGAGGAAGAGAGGAGGAAGGGGGCUGAGAGGAAAGAGGUGUGGGAGAAGAGGCCGAGGGGCAAAAAGGUAGUUUGGGAAAGGGUCUUGUUGGGAGAAAAGAGAGGCGAGUUGGGUGAUGGAUUUUUAUGCGAUUGGGGGUGGUUGGUUGGUGACAGGAAGGAGAAAGUUGCUGAGAAGGGGCAGGUCGAGAAGAGUACUGCGGAGACUGCGGGGAUUGUGGAGACUGUGGGGGCUGCGGAUAGCAUGGACAUAGAUCCACCUGCUCCUCCUCCAGCUGAACUAGCUCAUCCCCCCGAACCGGUUCCUUCUAUUGAACCAGCACCUCCAGUAGAGCCAACUCCUUCAGUCGGGUCAACCCAUCCCGCCGAACCAACUCCCUCCCCAACAGUAGUUCCCAAAUACUGGCAAAUACCCGCGCACCUGAUCCAUCCUCUUCUUACCUCCACCGAUAAUCUUUCUAGCACCCUUUCCACACUUCCGCCUGCUACACUCGCCGCUGGCCUCUUCACUGUAAAACUUACCUCCCUACAGCGCGGUACACCCUUAUCCCGCGCACGAAUCUACGCUCUCCCUAAGUCAAAUCCAGAGUUGUGUGCACAAUGGAAAUCGCUCCUACCGCAAUCCAAAGCAAAGAAAGACUCCAACCUUAAGAAUGGUAAGAAGUCAAUACCACGGGCAGGACAAGAGGGAUAUCCGCAUGUGCCAGGUGAAGAGGAGUGCAUAGGCUUUGUGACUACGGGUAACUUCAAUCUCAAAGAGGGAAUGGGCAUUGGGAUUGGCGCCUUGGCCUUUGGCAAAGUUUUUCGGGAAGGGAAGAAGGGGACUGUGGGAAGAGUUGUGAUUGUGAGGAGUGUAGGCGAGAGCCUGGGCAGGCUGGCCAGAUGGGAUGUUGUUUAA